UGUGCCUUCGCUCACGCAUGUGUGUGUGAGCGUUUCUUUAUUUUGAAUCAACGCACAUGCCAUAUUUAUAAAUAAAAAAAAAAAAUCUAAACAAGAUGCAACGCCGCAAAGGUCCGAAAUCAGUAAAUAAACCCCCUCCAAUACAGGCAAUACCCAAGAAGACGACAUUCGAUGGCGACAACGAUAUUCAAUUCGAAUUGGAGCUUUGUUGGUGCGUACAACAACUGCAGACGGCACUAAACAGCGGCAAGCUCAAUCAAAAAAUUGCCGAGGACACAGCCAAGAACUUGAAGACAUUGACCAGCAAUACGGCACCGCUAAUUAAAAAGCGGCAGGUGAUGAAGUUGGCACUAGGCGAUUAUCGCUUGAAAAUGCAGCAGGAGGAAAAGAAGAUGCUUCUAGCUUCCAAAGAAAUUAAAUUUACACCGGCUGCUGAGAUGAACAAGAAAUCGAGUUUUGUUAAGAAAUCAGCACUGUUGACAUCGGGCAAAGAUUUUCGCUUUAAUUUUGCCGUACCCGACUCGAGCUCCACAACAACAACGACAACAACAACCCCACAAUCAGCUGUGGAAACGAACGUUUCCAGUCUCUUUGCUGGAAGCAGUGCAACAGCGCAACCCUUCAAGUUCAAUUUUAGCAUCGAUGACAAUGAUGCAGCCGAUGAUAUUAAUCUGGCGGGAUUAGCUAUAAAGAAUUGAAUAAAGACUAAAUUAAAAUACUUGC